CAGUGAUGUCCAUCUGGGCAGGGCCCUAUCCUGAGUUACACUCAAUCUUUGAUAUGAUCACAGAGAAUGGACAGAGUCAUCCAAUAAAGUAUACAAUGGCACAUAUACUAUAAAUCUUAUAAACGCUCAUCCCCCCUCCGUUCGCACCAACUGCAAUUCGCUCUACUUCCCUCACUGGGCAUUCAUUGACAGACAACCCACACCGAUUAACACCCCUCCUCCCCCCCAAUUCAACCAUGCUGGCACCCCCAACAACCUCCUCCGACCAUGCCAACCACGACCACCACCAACAGCCUCAUCAUGACUGUCCCUCCCCAUACCAGGGCGACCCCCUACCCAACGUCUCCGCCGAUCUCGUCAUCCCCAACGCCGUAACCUUUGCAAUGGCCACAUGCACCUCCACCUCCUCCUCGGAAGACGUGGGCGACGAGCGCCUCUGGGUCCCCCAGGCCCCGGGUGUCUGGUUUCGCCCCCUCCUCCUAAACGUCAGCCAUGGCUACUUCGUGAACCUGCUGCGCGUGCGCCGCAGCGGCAUCCUCUCGCGCCACCGGCACACCGGUCCCGUGCACGCCACUGUUCUGCGUGGCCGCUGGCAUUACCUGGAGCACCCCUGGUGGGCGACCGAGGGGAGCCACGCUUUCGAGCCGCCCGGCGACAUCCACACCCUCGAGGUACCCGCCGGAGUAGCCGAGAUGGUUACUCUAUUCCACGUCACCGGCGCGUACAUUUACGUUGAUGCCCAGGGUCGCCCGCUAGGCGUCGAGGACGUCUUCUCCAAGCUGGCGGCCGCCCGCGCGCAUUAUGAGCGGGUCGGGCUCGGGGCGGGGUUUGUGGAGCAGUUUGUGCGGUAAUCUCUUCUACUUCUUCUUCUUCUUCUUCUUCUUCUUCUUCUAUUUUUGCUUUUUCUUUUUGUUUUUUUGGUGGUAUGGGGAUGGAUGGAUUAGCUGACCGCGUCGACCAAAAAAUAAAGGGUAAAGGAGGGAGGGGGGAAGGGGAGGUUGAUAGAGAUGUGAUUAAUUGUGUCAUGCCGAAGAAAUAUGUGAGAUCAGAGAUAGAGCGAGUGGGAGAGUUUGUAGAUGUGUGUGAGUAACAGCGGAGUUCAUUUCGUUUGUGCAGAUUGCUUCUGUAUGUUAGUCUCAGCAGAAAGUUCCUUCAAUCACGAAUAAUUCGCAGCAAAAUGUCAAUUCUUUGGACUUGCUCUUCCCCCCUUCUCCCUUCCGUGAUUAUACAUUUGAUCCUUCAA